AGGAGAGGAGAUCACUGGGCCACACUCAGCUAGCUGAAGGACACAUGUGCCAUUAAACUUUGCCUGGGAGCAUCGAGCAUUGUUGCGGACCUAUAUUUUCUUGUCAGUGAUCUUUUGCCUCAUGGCAUCCAGGGCAGGGCAGGUCAGGAGGAGGGUACCGGAGGUAGGGGAGUGGUGAGGAGAGCUGAGGAGAGGAAAUCACUAGGUCACACUCACUCAGGUAGCCCCACAACGCACACUGUUCCACCAAUAGAACGCUGUAAUAGUGUCUGAAAAAAAUGUAACUACCAUAGUACUACUACACCACUAUGACAGCACACAGGGCCUUCAUUAAGGACAUAGCCAUUCUGGUAAAGCCAGGCUCAAACUACACGACUAGCGAUUGUGUGUCCGAUUUUGGCGUCGGGGUGCACAGCACACUAGAAGAGAAUCGCAACUGUCAAUCUUGUCGCUGCUCGCAGCCACCGAGACAAUGCCCGACGUUCUAUUUCCAGUCGCAAAUAUCAAACACUGUUUGAUUUCUACGAUUUGCGAUCGGCGACUCUUUGAGCUGCCAAAGUUCUAUCUUAGAACGUCGCUCACGACGAGGAAAUCUUUCCCGACAAUCGCUCGCGAUGGUCCUGGGGGGUAACGUUCCAGCGAUUGUCGUAAGGGGGCUUUUCAGCCGAGAAUCGGCGCGAUAGUCGUGUAGUUUGAGCCAGGCUUAACAGCUCAUUUAUAACAGUGGCUGUGUCCCGCUGGGUUGGAGACCCCCUCACUCACCACCAGGGCUCUACAUUAACUUUUUUAAUCACCAGUCAAAAUGGCUAGUGGAUGUUAGUAUUACUGGCCAAAUACACACUCACUAAUGGAUUUAAGUGGCUAGUAAAUUGAUCUAUUCUACCAACCAAACUGAAAUUUAACCAGCAUUUGGCUGGUUGGCUGGUGUUCAUUUAGAGCCCUGCUCACCAUCACCACUAACACAUAGUCCAACUGUCUGUGCACGUACUGUAACAUGUUUUUUAUAGGCUAUAUAUUUUUUUGUGAUUUACUUUUAAGUAUUUUGUGGCUUAUGGGCAAUCAUGAGUACGCGGUUACGGUGUCAGGCCCCAAAGGUUGCUGGUUUCUUUCCCAGCAGGUUAGUGGAGGGAGUAAUCAACCAGUGCUGUUCCCCAUCUUCCUCCAUGACGAUGAUAUCGUCCCUCUGCACUGCUCCCUUGGGGCGUCAUUUGGGGCUGCCCCCUUGCACAGGCAGGAGCAGAAGGAGGGAGGACUACAGCAGGCUGUCAUCCACACACACACAGACUCACACACAGGAGCCGCAUGCUGCAAGACAAGAGGAGCUGAUGCCUGAACGUGAGACUCUGCACAGCCAACACUGUACCGAGACCUGCUAACACACUCCCCAAGACCUGAGAUAACCCAGCCCAGAAGUCCCUGAGCCUCAGCUGUCACUGUUCCCAGACCUGUACCAUCCAUACAUCCAUCGGAUCAGCAACAAGAGUCAACAGACAUCCACUAGGUGCUGUGGGAGUGGGAGUAUAAGAGAGCGAUACAGAGAGAGAGCGACAGAAAGACACGAAGAAGGCGCAAGUCAAGUCGACAGGCAUAGCAUAAACCGUGCAGCUCUACAGACAGUUGACAUCAUUUUCUUCCCUCCCGUCGCCGCUGUCCUGCUGACAAGCUGCCACACAGCCUCCUCACGGCGCCUCCUCACACCUUCGGGGACACGGCCGGCUGCCAUGGCGAUGAAGACGACAAGGUGUCACCAUAUGGUGUGGUGACGGGAGACAUACAUACAAACAGAGAGAGACACCGAGACCUGCUCUCCUCUCCCACCCACGCACACCACCACACACAUACACACACACGCGCGCACACACAUUCACACACGCACAUACAAUCUUGGAGGGACACGCACACACAGACCUUGUUUCCUCUGAAUACACAUACAAAACACUCCACAAACACGUACACAUACAGACACUCCACACCACACUCCUAUCUAUCUAUCCUCCACAGCUAGCAGCUCUGCAAUAGGGCAUAUGGCGUUGUGACAGAAAAUACAGUUAAAGAGACUCUCUCUAGACUCUCCAUCCGAAUUACUACAUACUGUAGAGACACUCGAAUAGCACUUUCAUUUCCUUCACCUCCAUCCUCUGUAGUGCGCUAGGUAGGUAGGACACUCCACUGCUCUCCCCUCCAGCCAUAGUUCACCACAGUCGUGCAAAUGGCGUUGUGACGGAAAACCCACACACUGAGGAACUCUGUCUCGACACAGUUACACCCACCAUCACACGCUCCGUCACUCCAGCCCUCCACUGUAGGGCGGUAGGUAGACUAGGCUAGGCUAGGCUAGGCUAGGCUAGGCUAGGUAGGCCGAGGAUCAGGCCUGGGCCACGCCUGAAAAGAUGCGGCCAUGGACGGGCUCGUGGCGCUGGAUCAUGCUGGUGCUGCUGGCCUGGGGCACGCUGCUGUUCUACAUCGGCGGCCACCUGGUGCGGGACAGCGAGCACCCGGAGAGGUCCAGCCGGGAGCUGUCCAAGAUCCUGGCCAAGCUGGAGAGGCUCAAGCAACAGAACGAGGACCUGAGACGCAUGGCUGAGACCCUACGGUUGCCAGAAGGGCCGGCUGAUGGGGGUCGUGUCCACAGUCUUGAGGAGCAGCUCAUCAAAGCCAAGGAGCAGAUCAACUCCUACAGGAGCAUCCCCGCUGAUGGCCCAGGGCAGAGCCACGAGGAGCUGAGGAGGAAGGUGGAGAACGGCGUGAAGGAGCUGUGGUACCUGAUGAGGAGCGAGAUCAAGAAGCUGGCCCAUGUGGAGAACGGAGACCUGCAGAAACGCGCCGACACGCUGCUGCAGGACCUGGGGGACCAGGAGAGGUCGAUCAUGACGGACCUGCACGCCCUGAGCCUGGCGGACGGCGCAGGGGACUGGAGGGAGAAGGAGGCCAAAGACCUGUCGGACCUGGUCCAGAACCGAAUCACCUUCCUGCAGAACCCUCCGAACUGCAGCAAGGCCUGUAAGCUGGUCUGCAACAUCAACAAGGGCUGUGGCUACGGCUGCCAGCUGCACCACGUGGUCUACUGCUUCAUGAUCGCCUACGGCACAGGGCGCACCCUCAUCCUGGAGUCCCACAACUGGCGCUACUCCAGCGGGGGCUGGGAGACCGUCUUCAAGCCCGUCAGCGACUCCUGCACCGACCGCAACGGGGCCUCCACCGGCCACUGGUCAGGCGAGGCUAAUGAUCGGGACGUGCAGGUGGUGGAGCUGCCGAUCGUGGACAGUCUUCACCCACGGCCCCCUUACCUGCCCCUGGCCAUCCCGGAGGACCUGGCUGACCGGCUGCACCGCCUCCACGGCGACCCCUCCGUCUGGUGGGUGUCCCAGUUCGUCAAGUACCUGAUCCGGCCCCAGGCCUGGCUGGACAAGGAGAUCCGCGACACCACCGCCAAGCUGGGCUUCAAGCAUCCCAUCAUCGGGGUGCAUGUGCGUCGGACUGAUAAGGUGGGCACGGAGGCGGCGUUCCACCCCAUCGAGGAGUAUAUGCAGCACGUGGAGGACCACUACCAGAUGCUGGCACGCCGCACGCACGUGGACAAGAAACGCGUCUACCUGGCAACCGACGACCCCUCGCUGCUGCAGGAGGCCAAGACCAAGUAUCCGGACUACGAGUUCAUCAGUGACAACUCCAUCUCCUGGUCGGCCGGCCUGCACAACCGCUACACUGAGAACUCCCUGAGGGGCGUGAUCCUGGACAUCCACUUCCUCUCCCAAACCAACUUCCUGGUCUGCACCUUCUCCUCACAGGUGUGCCGCGUGGCCUACGAGAUCAUGCAGACGCUGCACCCGGACGCCUCGGCCAACUUCCACUCGCUGGACGACAUCUACUACUUCGGCGGCCAGAACGCCCACAACCAGAUCGCCAUCUACCCGCACGAGCCGCGCGGCGGCGACGAGAUCCCGCUGGAGCCCGGCGACGUCAUCGGCGUGGCGGGCAACCACUGGGACGGCUACUCCAAGGGCAUCAACCGCAAGACGGGCCGCACGGGCCUCUACCCCUCCUACAAGGUCAAGGAGAAGGUGGAGACCGUCAAGUACCCCACCUACCCGGAGGCCGACAAGCUCCUCAACCAGUAGAACCAGAGAGAGAGAGAGAGAGAGAGAGAGAGAGAGAGAGAGAGAGAGAGAGAGAGAGAGAGAGAGAGAGAGAGAGAGAGAGAGAGAGAGAGAGAUAUGUGGAGAUAAACAAAAAGAGAGAGAGAGAGAUGAGAAGAUGAUGAUAAAAAGCAGGACCAAGAGACUCAGAUAUUGAGAUGGAGAGAUGAAUGAGAGGAGGAUGAUUAAAAAAGAAGAAGAUAUUCAUAUAUGGAGAUGGAGAAGAAGGAGAAAUUGUGGAGAGGAGAAGAGACAAUGUUGCUCUCUCUCUCUCUGUCUAUGUCUGUCUUUCUCUGCUUGAUGUAAGAAGAAAAGAAGAAGAUGAAGAAGAAGAAACAAAAAUCCUACAGACCCUUUAGAAGGGGAAUGCACUUUGUGUGUGUGUGUGUGUGUGCGUGUGUGUGUGUGUGUGCGUGCGUGUGUGUGUGUGUGUGUGUGUGUGUGUGUGUGUGUGUGUGUGUGUGUGUGUGUGUGUGUGUAUGUGUGUGUGGUGUGUGUAGAGGUGUGUGUGAGGAAGAGGGUGAUUUUACAGGGUUAGUGGUCACCUCUCCUCUUCCUCCUCCUCCUACUCCUCUACUCCUCCCGGACUCAGUGCCCUUUUCCCACCCUGCUUGCCUCUGGCCUCUGUCAGGUCUUUUUCAGGGCCAGGAGUGGAACAUUUUUGAUGAGCGCGCAAAAGAAAGAGAAUGGAACAAAGGAAAAGAAUGAAAGAAAAAAAACAAGGAGCACUAUGGGAGAAGGCUGAGAAGUUGAGAGCAAGGACUUUUUGUUUUCCUGACUGAACUAAACUGAACUGUCACUGACGUGAACUUUCUGAGCCCCAAAACUCACAGACUCCCAGCCUUGUCCGGUUGAAAUGAAGGGAAAAUUCCAAACGUAACAACAACAAUUAUUUAAAAGAAAAAAAAUGACAUUUAACUGAAAAGAAGAAAAAAAAACGAUAUUAAGCUGAGAACUUUUAAACCAUGAGGAGGAACAAAAACAGACUAUAAUGUACACCCUCAUGACUUGUGAAGUACAAAGAAGAACUUUCCUUCUUUUCUCUCUUCUUCCUUCUUUCCCCCACACUCUCUCUCUCUCUUCCUCUCUUUCUCUCUAGCUAUCCUGUUUCCUCCUGCAUUGACUGCACUCCUCCGUAGCCAAAUGUUUCCCCCUUUUCCCCCUUUUUUCUUGUCACUAGUUCUUCUCUGCUGUCGACUUUUGAAUCAUGCCAUCUCAUCUCACCCUGCCUACUUAUCCUUUACCCAAUUGCUCUUAAUUUUUUAUUUUAUUAUUAUUUUAUUUUUCAUCACUGCCAUCUUGUGCUCUUUAAAAAAAAAAAAACGUGAUUUCAGACGUCAACAACAUUGAACAUUGAGUUGUUUGGUAUCCCUUUCUUUGUCGUGGUCUACAUAAGCUUUUUCAUGUACAGCUAUCGUCAUAACGAUGACAUGACACAUGUGAGGAUCAUUAGGGACACAUUGUUGAUAUGAAUGACUCGUCAUUCAGUUUUUGGAAUAUCAUGACGCCCACACAAUGUCAACUUGACAUUUCAAAAACCAAAUGACACAUACUGUAUGACAACAGACAACAUAAAAUAAUGUGUCAUUAAUGCUCCUGACAUGUGUCAUAUUGUUCAUAUACCAGUUACAUGACACCCUUGUGCAGACCACAUCAAACAAAGUGUUACCAGUUGUUUUAAUGUGUGUAUGUGUGUUUGUUUGUGUGUGUUGUUCAAAUAUGGUGCCUAUAAAAAGGUGAAAUGCUUGUAUACCUGGAAUACUUGUCGAAGGGUGCGUGCGUGUGUGUGUGUGUGUGUGUGUGUGUGUGUGUGUGUGUGCGUGCGUGUGUGUGCGAGCCUGCGUAUGUGUGUAUGUGUGCGUGCGUGCGUGCGUGUGUGCGCGUGUGCGUGAGAUGGAUAUUUCUGGAACGUUCCUAACCAGCCUUGACUCACCGAGACCACACACUCCAGCUCCAUUCCUAUGUCUUAAACAUCUCCGUCCCACGACACCCCAACUGUCUCCUUUUUAUAUGUCAAAUAAUGUUAUUAAAUGGCAAACACUCAACGAAAUGGAAGUUAUUAUUAUUAUUAUUAUUAUGAUUAUUAUUGAAGAUUUUUUGACUGGCAGGAAUGAAUAUAUUAUCAUGAAUGGUUUUAAGUCUACCAUGAGGGCAUCUCCAUGUUUUUUGCUUUUGAGCAUUGUCUUUGAGAACGCCGACCAAAUAAA